UCUCGCUUUCCAAAGCUUUCCAAUCUACAACAACUAGACAAAGUUUCCAAAAUGAACAAAAAGUGCUUCUUGUUUAUCCUCAAGCCCCUCUACUCUCCCCUGAUUCAUUCAUACAUCAUCCUCUUGUAUAUCCAAAUCAGAACUACUUCGUGUUCUCCGGAUCCAAAGUUCGAAACAUGUCAACCCAAAGCCUGCGGCAACAACCUGAAUAUAAGCUACCCGUUCUACAUCCAAGGAAUACAAGAACCCUUUUGCGGGUACCCAGGUUUUGGUCUCUCUUGUGCCCAAAGUGGUUUUCCAAUCCUCAAUCUGUCUAAUACCCAAUACAUCAUCGAUCAAAUAUUCUACGACAAUCGGUCACUACGAGUGUCCAAUGCUGUAUUUUCAAUUUCAACAUCACACACCACCAAAGGCUGUCUUCCUCCCACCCAGAACCUCACACUUCCAAAUAACAUGUUCCAUCUUCCUCCGAACCAAAAGGACAUGAUAUUGUUCUUCGGCUGUGACUUACAAUCGCUGCCCACAGGGCUGCAAGAGCACAUAAUCGGGUGUUCUGCAGAAAACGAAACGAGUUCAGUUGUGGCAUUGUAUAAGGAUGAUAAAAAUCUGAGCUUUGCGUCAGAGAAUUGCAAGGGUGAGGUGGUGGAUGCGAUAGUGGAAGAUGGGUAUGGAGGGAUUGAAGAGGCGCUGAGAAAAGGGUUCUGGUUGAAUUGGAUCGCCAGUGAUUGCAGCUUGUGCAGGAGCACCGGAGGGAGGUGCGGCUUCGAUUCUGAUAUAUACACUUUCAGGUGCUACUGCGCUGACGGAGUUCAUGCUUCCAAUUGUGGUUCAGCUGCUUCAUCCGCUGCUGUUGCAUUGCUGUUGCUCUUGGUUUACUGCUUCAGAAGAAAGCCUUUCAACCUAACAUCUCGUUGCUUUUGGAAUAAAAAUUGUCCUACCGAUGAAAUGAUAAUUGAGCGCUUUCUAAAGCAACAUGGUUCUCUUCAAACAAGAAGGUACAGUUACACCGAGAUAAAGAAAGUCACUAAUUGUUUCAAAGUCAAAUUAGGAGAGGGAGGAUAUGGGAGCGUGUUUAAAGGAAAGCUAGAAGAUGGGAGUCUUGUUGCAGUCAAGCUUUUAAGUAAACUUGAAGGAACUGGGGAGGAAUUCAUCAAUGAAAUUGCAAGCAUUAGCAGGACAUCUCAUGUUAACAUUGUCACUCUUGUGGGGUUUUGUUUCCAAGGUUCAAAACGAGCUCUAAUUUAUGAAUUCAUGCCUAACGGAUCCCUCGAGAAGUUCGUAUAUGAAGAAAACUCCAUGCUAGUUGGUCGGCAAUUGGAUUGCAAAACUUUGUAUGAGAUUGUCAUUGGUGUUGCUCGUGGAUUAGACUAUUUGCACAGAGGCUGCAAUACUAGAAUCUUGCAUUUUGACAUAAAACCUCAUAACAUUCUACUUGAUGAAAAUUUCUGCCCAAAGAUUUCAGAUUUUGGACUUGCUAAGAUAUGUCCAAGAAAAGAGAGUAUUGUGUCCUUAUUGGGUACAAGGGGAACUGUUGGAUACAUUGCUCCUGAGGUGUUUUCUAGGAAUUUCGGUGGGGUGUCUCAUAAGUCUGAUGUCUACAGUUAUGGAAUGUUGGUUCUAGAUAUGGUUGGAGGAAGACACAAUAAAAAUGUUGAACUUGAUUGUUCUAGUGAAAUAUAUUUUCCCCAUUGGAUUUAUAAGAAACUUGAAUUAAAUCAGGAUUUUGGUUUGCGGUGUAUCAAGAAUGAAAGUGACAGAGAGAGCGUGAGAAAGAUGACAGUGGUGAGCUUAUGGUGCAUACAGAAUGACCCUUCAACUCGACCAUCAAUGAGUAAAGUGGUUGAGAUGCUAGAAGGAAGCCUGGACUCCUUGAACGUGCCGCCUAAACCUUUUCUGCGUUCUCCUUCAACAUCUCCAGCACAUUACUCCACUCAAACAUCUGAGACUUCGUAAAAAUUACUUUACAUUCUCAAGUCUCGAGAAUGCCAAUCAUGGUUCUGCUGUUUAGUUUAAUAUGAGAUAUGAAAUAUUUGGUAGAAGUUUGUACAGUCAUUUUUCUUUUGAAAAAUGUAAUAUGCAAUCUGAAUUAUAAUUAUCUGCGCUGUUUCAACUUUCAAGCACGUAUAUCCGAAGAUUGUAUUUGCAUUCACAUGUGUAA